AUGGCCGGCUCCUGUGAAGUGUGUUCUUUGGAGCCAUCCAAAUAUCGCUGUCCAACAUGCGCAGUGAUGAGCUGCUCGCUUGCAUGCACGCAGUCUCAUAAAAUCUACUGUGCCCCCAAGGCAGCUCCUGCGCAUGAAACUCCCGAUGUACCUGCGACCACCGAAACCAUUUCGCCGCUGCAGAAUGGAGAUCACACACAAGAAGCAGUGAACCACGAGACCAACCAAUACCAGAGCUUCCCUGGGUCUAUGGCUACCUUCCAAGACCUCAAAGAGCUGCUCCUCCGCCACCCUCAGCUCCGCGAUCAGCUGCAUGAGAUAUACCGAGGAACACAAGAAGACCAAUGGGUAGAGUGGUACACCCCUCCCACGCGAGGACGAGGUCACGGCCGAGGAGGCAGAGCUCCGACUCGCCGUAGUCGAGGCCACUGGACCGCGGAGAAAGGGUUCAAUCGCGGCUUAGGCAGGGUACGGAAACUUAGGCAGGACUGCGAAGAGGGAACGGAGACGGGCCCUAACGCAGAGGCGUUUAUGCAAUUUCUCGCCCUGGUGCACGGCCAUCAAGAACAGUUGGAACAGCAACACGCGACAUGA